CUCCGCCCCGACCGCGGGUUCUUCGGGCCUUGAGGAACUGCGUGCAGACGGUCGGGGCCCUGCGGCCUGUUGGCCGCACCAAGUGGGUGCGGGCGCAACUCUGAAGACCAUUCUCCGGGGCGCAGGUGGGGAAGCUGUAGGGCUAAGGAAAGGGGACCAUGUGGCAACACCAGAGGACCUGGGCAGCAGGACACCGUCCUCAGAAAGGGCUGAUGCCAAGAGACUCAAAACUCCAGAGAAAAGGCUCAGGGCAAGGCUGGCCUUAGCUCAUAAGACCUUUGCAAAUUUUUUUGAGUCAAAGGUUUUAGAAAAAGAGAACACUGAUGAAUGUUGUCCAGGUGCCCUCAAGGGCCGGAAGGAGAAGAGCAGGCCGCGCCAGAGUUCCUGGCGUGCAUUUCUGAAAAACAAAGAUGUAGAAGCCCCCAAAAGGCCCGCCGUAGUGAGUCUGGUUCCAGGACCGGAAAUCUUGAAUCUCCUCAGACCCUCUCCCCCAGGGACCAAUAGUCACUGUCAGGAGCAGGCAGAAGACAAGGAAAGCUGUGUGUUUGGAGAUCACUGGCCACCCCCACAUGCUCCCACACCUUUGUCAUCCAGCAAUUUGGUCUCUCCAGAUAACAGGAGAAAAAGUGAACCAACCAUCAAAUGCACAAGCCCCCAGGAAAGUGGUAGGUACCUAACUUCAGGUAUCUUUCCUGAGAAGUCCUGGCUGAUGUCACUCACCAGCCCUUGUGCCCAGCAGACUGGGAUCAGCCACACCCUUCCAUCCAGAUCUGCCUGUUGCUUGGCAUAUGGGAGCCAAGGCAUGCCCAGCAAACCCAUGAGUCCCAAGCCCCGAAACCCCAGGCCUGGUGCUCAUCGGGCAGAUUUCCACUACCCUGGCAGGAGCAGUGCUGUCUCCAUGGUUUCGCUUGGAAGCUACAUGGAUGUGGAUAACAGCUCAGAGGCUUCUGAAAGGCCCAGGACCCCCAAGGCCCCAGCAAGCCUCCUACUUUCUCUGCAAACACUAGACCAGGAUGACCAGAAGGAAGAGAGCAGGAAAAGAGGCUGGCAUCAUCAUGGCCUGAGCACAGCACCCUCACUCAGGGACCUUCCUGGGACUGAGUGUUGGAGGAAGAUGACUGUGACCUCUCCAGAGUCUUUGAGUCUCGCUAGAAGAAACCAUCCAUUCUCCCAGAGUGCCCCAACAGGACUGAACUGCAUGGGCUGGCCAGAGUACCUACCAGACACUGCUAUCCCUGAUGGAGUUCUGGACCCGGCCAUCCGUGCUGACGAGGCAGGGAGUGAGGAGGACCUGUAUGAGGACCUGCACAGCUCCAGCCACCACUACAGCCACCCUGGAGGGGGUGGUGAGCAGCUGGCCAUCAAUGAGCUCAUCAGUGAUGGCAGUGUGGUCUGUGCUGAAGCACUCUGGGACCAUGUCACCAUGGAUGACCAGGAACUGGGCUUCAAAGCUGGGGAUGUCAUCGAAGUAAUGGAUGCCACCAACAGAGAGUGGUGGUGGGGUCGUGUUGCUGAUGGCGAGGGGUGGUUUCCAGCCAGCUUCGUGCGGCUACGGGUGAACCAGGACGAGCCCGCCGACGAUGACACGUUGCGGGCUGGGGACGGCGGGGCCGAGGAUGGAAGUGCCGAGGCACAGAGCAGCAAGGACCAGAUGCGGACCAACGUCAUCAACGAGAUCCUCAGCACUGAGCGGGACUACAUCAAGCAUCUGCGGGACAUCUGCGAGGGCUACAUCAGGCAGUGUCGCAAGCGUGCUGACAUGUUCAGCGAGGAACAGCUGCGCACCAUCUUUGGGAACAUCGAGGACAUCUACCGGUGCCAGAAGGCGUUCGUGAAGGCGCUAGAGCAGAGGUUCAACAGGGAGCGCCCCCACCUGAGCGAGCUGGGCGCCUGCUUCCUGGAGCACCAAGCAGACUUCCAGAUCUACUCGGAGUACUGCAACAACCACCCCAAUGCCUGUGUGGAGCUCUCCAGGCUUACCAAGCUCAGCAAGUAUGUGUACUUCUUUGAGGCCUGCCGGUUACUGCAGAAGAUGAUAGAUAUCUCCCUGGACGGCUUUCUGCUGACACCGGUACAGAAGAUCUGCAAGUACCCUCUGCAGCUGGCUGAGCUGCUCAAGUACACACCCCCCCAGCACAGGGACUUCAAGGAUGUGGAGGCAGCCUUACAUGCCAUGAAGAAUGUGGCCCGGCUCAUCAACGAACGGAAACGGAGGCUUGAAAACAUUGACAAGAUUGCUCAGUGGCAGAGCUCCAUAGAGGAUUGGGAGGGGGAAGAUCUCCUGGUCAGGAGUUCGGAACUCAUCUACUCAGGGGAGCUGACCCGUGUUACACAACCACAAGCCAAGAGCCAGCAGAGGAUGUUUUUCCUCUUUGACCACCAGCUCAUCUACUGCAAGAAGGACCUUCUCCGCCGGGAUGUGCUGUACUAUAAGGGCCGAGUGGACAUGGAUGGCCUGGAGGUGGUGGACCUGGAGGACGGGAAAGAUCGAGACCUCCACGUGAGUGUCAAGAAUGCUUUCCGUCUGCUCUGCGGCACCACGGGAGAGAGUCACCUGCUGUGUGCCAGGAAGCCUGAGCAAAAACAACGCUGGCUCAAGGCCUUCGCCAGGGAGAGGGAGCAGGUGCGGCUGGACCAGGAGACAGGCUUUUCCAUCACCGAGCUGCAGAGGAAGCAGGCCAUGCUGAAUGCCAGCAAGCAGCAGGCCACCGGGAAGCCCAAAGCCCUCAGCCGGCCCUACUACCUGGCACGCCAGAAGCACCCAGCACUGCCGGCCAGCCUGCCCCAGCAACAGGUCUUGGUACUGGCAGAGCCCAAGCGGAAGCCAUCCACCUUCUGGCACAGCAUUAGCCGGCUGGCACCGUUCCGCAAGUGA